UAGAUGGGAGUUUGAUGUUCCAACAAGUGCCCAUGGUAGAGAUUGAUGGGAUGAAGCUGGUGCAGUGCAGAGCCAUUCUCAACUACAUCGCCACCAAAUACAACCUCUAUGGGAAGGACAUGAAGGAGAGAGCUAUCAUUGAUAUGUAUACUGAAGGUCUGAUGGAUCUGGAUGAACUCGUUCUCUAUCAACCUUUCCUUCCCAAAGAGGAGAAAGAGGGAAACCUUGCCAAGAUUAAGGACAAGGCAAGGAACCGUUACUUCCCUGCCUAUGAGAAGGUGUUAAAGAGCCAUGGACAAGAUUAUCUCGUUGGCAACAAGCUGAGCAGGGCGGAUGUUUACCUGGUUAAACUUCUCUACCAUGUGGAAGAGCUGGACCCCAGUGCCUUGGCCAACUUCCCUCUGCUGAAGGCACUGAGAACCAGAGUCAGCAACCUCCCUACAGUGAAGAAGUUUCUUCAGCCUGGCAGCCAGAGGAAGCCUUUGGAGGAUGAGAAAUGCGUAGAAUCAGUAAUGAAGGCUUUCACUUAAACCAGGCAAACACGGCUGUGUAACAGCCCCAAGGUCAGCCUUCUAAAGCUUUGCAACAAUGAAGCGUUUUGAUUACAUGUUAAUCCUGCUUAUUGUGAGGCCAACAGGUCUUCUGAGGUUUGUGCAUUUUGCUAUUUGGUUGUAAACAAAAUUAAAAUCAUGAUCACUUCCUGGAAAGUUUCUUUGGAUUUCAAUAAAACAGAACAAGCUUCUUA